CGCCCCGACCGCCGCGUUCCCGGGGCCGCCGUCCCUCCCUCGGCGGAAGGCGGGAAGCGGCGCCAGCGAUGGGUGACAUCCACGAGGUGCCGCGGCCGCGCAUCGCCACGGGGCAGCUGGCGCAGCACAUCGGGCAGCCCGUCUGCUUCGUGGGGCGCGUCGAGAAGAUUCAUCCUAGCGGGAAGCUUGUCGUGCUUACGGAUGGGCUCGGAAAGCAUACGACUGUGGAGCUGAGCGAGCCUCUGGAUGAGGAGAUUUCAGGAGUUAUUGAAGUGGUGGGAAGAGUAACAAAUCAGGCAACCAUCAUGUGUGCAUCAUAUGUCCAGUUCAGAGAAGAUAAAAGUUCAUUUGAUCUGGAACUCUACAAUGAAGCACUAAAAAUUAUUCAUGAAUUCCCUGAAUACUUCCCGUUUGGUACUGGGAGGAACACUUGAUUUUUAUUAGCAUAUGUUUAGAGCUUCAGAGGGGACAACAGUAGUGUGAUUUCUUGCCUGACAGCAUGGUAACAGUUGCAUUUAUUUUCAACAAAAAUACUGAAAAGACACUGUUACAUGUGCAAAGUGUUGCCUAUGAAGAGUAUUUUGUUUGAAAAUGUAUUUAUUCAGCAAGAACAAAUGAAUGUCUUACUCACUGUAUAUAUUUAACCCUUUUGCAUCUAUGAGGAGUGUUCUCUUGCAAGAUCAGACUUGUCAGAAACUGAAAUUUUCUAAGCAUCCUUUUUUAGUUGGUAGAGGUUCUAGGGUACAUUACAGGAAACUUGUAUGAAAAAAAAAAUUGGUGGAUUUCAAUAUAAAGAUUUUUGACUUAAUUUGCUUUGAUAUAAAUUUAUUGUAUUGAAGGGGUAUUUUGCAUCUUGAAAAUGGUAUCUUCACCAAUAAAGAAGAUUCACUGCAUUUGGCCAUUUGUGUCAGCAUUAAAUAUUAAGAGUGCUAUUUUCAGUGAUACGUAGCGACUCCUGUUCUAUUUGACCUGACACGGUUAAAUUUAACAAAGUGGAGUGCAAGGUUCUUGCCUCUGCAUGAUGCUAAACACUUGGAAGAUGUCGAAUUAGGCUUGGGGAUUUCAAGCACAGCUGAAGUCCCAUCAAAGCCUUCAUUCUUGGUUGGCAUCUAAGCAGCAGUACCAGGAUUCAGCCAGCUUGUCAUGGUGACUAACCUUAGGAACUUCCAACAGUCCCCAAUUUUGUUACUAUCCAGGCUACUUAGAACACUUAGCAAAAUUUUUGCAUCACUUGAGGUAACACAUUUAAAGUAAAGUUGAACUUUGGAAAUAUUCUCUGGGAAUUAAUAAAGUAUUUCAAAGUAUUUUAAGUAAA